CUUCCUCGUCUCCCUCACCAAAUCCAAUGUCGAAUUUCUCAGACCAGCUCGACGAAAUCAAAUCCCUAAUUUCCUCCGGCACCAAAUCAAACAAAUCACUCGCUUACUCCACUCUCUCACACCUCCAAGAACAGUCCCCCGACGAUCACGCUUUGAUCCAAACUCUCGCCGUGAGCUCCGGCAGCCUCCUCCGUCUCAUCGUCGCCGAUCUUGAUACCGAAGACGAAGAAAUCGCGACGCAGGCGUUGAAAUGCUUGGGUUUUAUAACUUACCACCCCGCCAUUGUCGCCGCAGUUUCAGCGGAGGAUGUGAGGUUGGUUUUGGAAGCAUUGGUUAGACUCAUUACGACUACGAAAAUGAAGUCGGUUUGUAAUUUAGGAGUGUGGUGCAUAUCUAUGCAACAGCUGAGCAAACCACUUUUGGCUCCUCAUUUCCAUACUCUCUUGCGCGCCGUAGUUCAUGCCAUUGACAAUCCCAUUGGUUCUCUGUCAAUAACGUUCGAGGCUAUUCAGGCUGUCAUUAAGCUAGCAACUGUUUUAAGUGAGAACAUGAGAGAUUUGUCGCAUAUAUGGGCACCUCCAAUAUAUAGAAGGCUCCUUAGUGCUGAUAAGAGAGACAGGGAUAUGUCUGAAAGGUGUUUGUUGAAGAUUAGACCUACAAUCAUACCUCCUCCAAUAAGUCUCUCCAAAGUAAUUGUCAGAGAUUUAAAGACAAGGUUGCUUACUGGGAUGCACGAUAUGCUAAGCAGUGGUAUGAAGGUUCAAACUAUUCAAGCAUGGGGAUGGUAUAUCCGCUUACUAGGGUCUUAUGCCUUGAAGAACAGACAUUUGAUUAAUGAUAUGCUGAAGAUUCCUGAGAGAACAUUUUCAGAUGAUGAUUCACAAGUUCAGAUUGCUUCCCAGGUCGCCUGGGAAGGUCUUAUUGAUGCUCUUAUUCACCCACCAAUGAUAUUACCGUGUUCGUCAAAUGAUGCAAAAGAGGAUGCCCGUAUGCAAAGAAAGGGAAUACAGGAAAUAAACAGUGGUGAAAUCCAAAAAAUUGGAACUUUGAAAAGCACAAGGCUCAUCAUGACACCACUUAUAGGCAUCAUGUUGAGUAAAUGUGAUGUAUCUGUCCACUUGGCCUGCUUGAACACAUGGUGCUAUCUAUUACAUAGACUCGGUACCUCUUUGAAUGAUUGUUCAAUGAUCAACCUUGUAUUAGACCCUAUCUUUGAAGCAGCUUUCCAACUUGAUCCUGACGGUAGGAGCUUCUGGGCUAGGGAUGUGUGCAUUAAUUUGCUUGAUGAUUUUAUAUCAGCAAAAUGUAAACCUCUAGACUAUGAUCCAUGUAACCAGGUAAUCCAGCGGUCAUCAGCUAAAACCUCUGUGCACUCUCCCAUUAUGUCUGGCAGUUGCUCAUGGAAGCAAUAUCCUAUUAAUUGGUUGCCAUGGGAUCUGAGUCUGUUGGAUUUUCAUCUAAAGAUGAUCUACAGUCUCAUCCAUCAAUCAUCAAAGCAAACUGUCUGCCAUGAUAGCAAGGUUCCAGCUGAUGAGGCCCCCUUAAGGUUAUUUAGAGCUGUUUUGAAAGGAGUUGGACAUGAGUUCAAGAGACCGUCCAUCAAUUAUGAUGAUAUUAUGCUGUGUUUGAAUGCAAUACUGAAAUUCAUAAGAAAUAUAUGUGAAGAAGUAAGCCUGGAUGGUAGUGACAGACAUGGCUUGCAUCAUAUAGCACUGCAGUUUAUAGAGGCUGUCAGCGAAGAGAUAGAACCUACUAUAAUGGGAUCCCCUCUUUACAAGGUUGCAUUGAAUAUCAAGUAUAUUGAAAACCUGCAAGUGCUUCCUCACAUUGGAUAUGAAAAAUCAGGUGUCUGCUCUAUUGGUUAUAUGGAAAUGGUUUCACCAAUGGUUUAUUUAAGUGUACUUUAUUUCUGUGAGGUUGUUCACUCAAGUUUGAGUGCAUCCAAAGUCGACUACAUUCUGCUGGAAAUGCAGCAGUAUACUAAAUUUAUGUUAUCAUCUUUUGGUCCCCUGGAAAGUCUCGUUAUCACCACUGAAUUAUUGUACAAGCACAUUGGGCCAGGCUGCUUAACAAUGUGGAUAGCAAUAGCAGAAGGUCUGAAAAGCUACAUAAAUGAUGUGAAGGAUCGUUUAGUGUUCAAAACGGAAUGUGAGAGCAAGAGUUGUUACGCCAUGAGCCAUUUAUUGUUUUAUCCUCUGCUUGUAUGCUCCUGCUCUCAGAAAGACAUUAUGUCCGUGAAAAGUGGAAGGCCCGCAGAAACCCCUUCUUAUCCGUGGGUGAAGACUGAGCUUGAACAAGUCAUCACAUUAUGGAAGUCCCUCUAUGGUUCUGUCUGUACCUCACUGUCUGGGUGUACUACUGCUGGGAGUUUCUCUGAGGAUCUAGUUUCUGUAUUGGACAGGUGCUUUGACAAGCAUACUAGCAGGCUUGGAUGUGCUGACGAGCUUCAUUUAAAGUUCAAGGAUAUGGAUCUUCAUAUUGUUUCCUUAUACAUUGAUGCUUUAUUGUGUAUUCUGAAAAACUCCAGUUCUUCAGAUUUAAGUUCAGAUAGAAAUACCAAGCAUGGCUAUGAUCACAAGAUUUCUGGUGGCAUCAAAGGGUGCUUGGCUUUGGCUAUUAGAUGUAUGAAGUUGUCGCAGACAAAGAUAGGAACAGAUGCACCAAUUGGUCUUCCCAUGUUCUCUAGGUUAUAUUCCGCAUUGGCACUUUUCAUCAAGUCCCUUCACCUAAAGCAGGAUAUCGUCUCCCUUCUUGAGAUGAUAUCCAGCCCACUGCUGGAAUGGCUGACACGCAUGGAAACACAGGCUGAGGGCACUAGUGAUCAAUUUGAACUCCUGUGGAUCGAAAUGCUUAAUUGUUUAAGAAGAAGUCAGCCUCCAAUAGUCUUUGAUUCUGCAUUUCUCAAACUCCAGGCAUCCAUCCUUGAGAAAACUCUCGAGCAUUCACAAUUGUCCAUCUCAGAGCCAACCAUCACCUUUUGGAACGCCACGUACGGUGAACAAGUCAACUUGGAUUACCCCCAGACCUUGCGACAUGUCCUAGACAAGCUCUGGAGAAAGGGCAGAAUAAACCUCCACAAGAGAAGCCUGCCUCUCCAAAGAUGUCAAUCUACAUCAGAGGCAAUUACUGCUCCACCAAGAUUUACGGUAAAUACAGCACACAAUAGAGGCUCUAAAAGAGUAGAACUAGCGGGAAAUAACAUGGACAGUAAGCACAAGGACAUGCCACAUUCAAGUUUGAAAAGGAAGAGUAUAGAACUCACUGAGCAUCAGAAGGAAGUGAGACGAGCGCAACGAGGAAGGGGGAGGGAUUGUGGGGGACACGGCAUUGGUUUCCAGACUUACACAACACUCGACUUUUCACAAGGGAAUGAGGACUCACAAGGGAAUGAAGAUUCACAAGACAGUGAAGAUAUCCGGAAUCCAGAAUGCAUUCUGCAGAUGUUGAGAAACAGAUAGUCCGACGGUCCAAGAGUAACUUAUGAGGAACCAUCUAGCUUCUUCAUAAUAGUUUCCUGCAGACCUCCUUUUCAUUUGUUAAGUAGGGCUAUAUGAUGUUCACUCCAGCUAAGCCUCAAUCCCAAAUGUUUGGGACAAGCUUGUUGUA